UAGUAGAUGUUCCCUCAUCAUAGGAAGUACUACUGAAUCUGUACAAAUGUUUUAAUGACAAAGAAAAUGUCAUAGUUUGGUUUGUUAACAGUUAUUUCUUGAUCUUAGAAACAGAAAAAAGGCCAAAUCAAAGAGAUGUGGGGACGUUGAACCUGCAGGAUCCAGGUACCCUUAAAUCAAAACCGAGCGACAAUGCACCGCCAUUUCGCAAGCUGUCAAGCUGCAACCUGCAUCGACUCCCAAAGUUAACAAAGGAACAACAAACCUUUGAUUUCUCCCACUGCAGCUUUUCAACUGCCUUGUGCUGUAUACAUGACCAUGUGCAGAUAUAUGUAUAUGAGGAUUACUUUAAGGUGAACAAAUUAGAUGCUAUUACAGGUUUAUCUGCACAUGCAUUUUAUACUUGGGGUCAUAGAAAAAGCAGUGCAAGAUAUUGUACGUUGACAAAGCCUUCCCUUCGUUAAAGACCUACAAAGCUGCUGAAACAUGGCCCCCGCCACCAUGGAAGUGGCAGACAUCUCCGUCGUAGUGAUCUACUUCAUCCUGGUGCUGGCGAUCGGUUUCAUCGCCAUGCGGAGAGCCAAUAAGAACACGGUGAGCGGAUACUUCCUGGCCGGUCGCUCUAUGAACUGGGUGGCCGUAGGAGCGUCGCUAUUCGUCAGCAACAUCGGGAGCGAGCAUUUUAUCGGACUAGCCGGGUCGGGGGCUGCUAGCGGUUUUGGCGUGGCAGCGUGGGAAAUAAACGCCCUGUUGCUGCUGCAGUUAUUAGGCUGGGUAUUUAUCCCCGUGUACAUUCAGUCUGGAGUCUACACCAUGCCGGAGUACCUGACAAAGCGAUUUGGCGGGAAACGGCUCAAGGUGUAUUUUGCAGCGCUGUCCCUCGUGCUGUACAUCUUCACCAAGGUGUCCGUGGAUCUGUACGCCGGGGCCUUGUUCAUCCAGGAGUCCUUAGGGUGGAACCUCUACCUGUCAAUCAUCCUCCUCAUCGCCAUGACAGCUCUGUUGACGGUCACUGGAGGUCUGGUGGCUGUCAUCUACACGGACACCGUCCAGGCCUUCCUCAUGAUCACCGGAGCGCUCUGCCUCACGGGCAUCAGCCUCUUCAAAGUGGGAGGACUCGAAGGUUUGAGGACCAAGUACAUGCAAGCUUCCCCAAACAUCACGGCCAUCUUGCUGUCUUCGCCCAACCUAACGUAUUCUGCCUCCUGCCACCUCCACCUUCACCCCAAACCAAAUGCUCUGAAGAUGCUUCGGGGCCCGAGGGAUCCAGACCUGCCGUGGCCCGGUUUCCUCCUGGGCCAGACUCCUGCCUCCAUUUGGUACUGGUGUGCAGAUCAGGUGAUCGUUCAGCGGGUUUUGGCAACGAAGAAUAUUGCCCACGCUAAAGGAGCCACGAUCAUGGCCGGCUUUCUGAAAAUCCUCCCCAUGUUCAUCAUCGUCAUCCCAGGGAUGAUCUCCAGGAUCUUCUUUGCGGAUCAGUUGGCGUGCAUCAGCCCGGAGCACUGCCUGGAGGUGUGCGGCUCUGCGAGCGGCUGCAGCAACGUGGCCUACCCCCGCCUCGUCAUGCUGGUGAUGCCCGUGGGACUGCGAGGCCUCAUGAUGGCCGUCAUGAUCGCAGCUCUGAUGAGCGACUUGGACUCCAUCUUCAACUCGGCCAGCACCAUAUUCGCCCUGGAUAUCUACAAGAUGAUGAGGAAGCAGGUGUCGUCCCGGGAGCUGGUGAUCGUCGGCAGGUUGUUCGUGGUUUUCAUGGUGGUCAUCAGCAUCGCCUGGGUGCCCGUGGUCAUCGAGAUGCAGGGAGGCCAGAUGUUCUACUACAUCCAGGAGGUGACAGACUACCUGACGCCUCCUAUCGCUGCUCUGUUCCUGCUGGCCGUGCUGUGGCGUCGCUGCAACGAGACGGGCGCCUUCUGGGGCAGCUUGGUGGGGUUCGUCCUUGGAUCGGUGCGUCUGAUUUUGGCAUUGGUUUACCGGGAGCCUCGCUGCGACCAGCCCGACGACCGGCCCUCCUUCAUCAAAGAUAUUCACUUCAUGUACGUGGCAGCCAUCUUGUUUUGGGUGUCGGCUCUUGUGACUGUCGUUGUGAGUCUGUGCACUCCUCCGCCGGAUCAAGAACAGAUCAGAACCACCACCCUGUGGGGGUUAAGGAGGAGGAAGAGACUGAGGGAGAAAGCGGGGGAAGAUAUGACUGCUUUGAAGACUCUGAACCAUGCAAACGGUUUGACUGGGAGAGAAAAGAGUCCGGAUCAGCAAGACAACGGGAUCGAGGCAAAUCAGGAGGAAACUCAGCCAAGCAACGGUCACGCUGUCAUAGUCGGGGAUUUAGCAUCUGAUCCAUCAAUGGAAGAAGAGGGAGAAAGGAAGGGAGUGGGGGAGGAGGAUGGCUGUCUUGGAGGAGUCGUGGAGGGAGGGAAAUGUUUGAAAGCUUUAGAGUUUUUCUGUGGUUUCCAGGAGAAGCCGUCCCAAGCUCGGGUCCUCAGCGCUGAGGAACAGGAGCAGAUCCUGGACCAGCUUCUGCACGAACCUCGAAGAACCAAAAUCCUCCUGAACACGGCACUGCUGGCCAUUUGCUUUGUGGGCAUCUUUAUUUUCUUCUACUUCUCCUUAUAGGCUGGGACAUGUUGGUCCAUAAACUACAAGCAAUAAUGAACUAAAGGAGGGAAACUAUGCUGCAGUUUCUCUUCAACUGUAAUGAAAAAAGAGCAUUGUGAACAGGUUCAGUAAACGCCUCUCUUUGUCCUUUUUCAGUUUCCGGCAAAGAUUGGAGCUUCGACCGCAAAAAUAUUUGGGUUUUGAUCAGGUUCAGGAACCAAUUCUUUUUUUUUAAACCAAUAAGAACUUUGUUGUAUUAUCAAAUGGAUUUUAUACACUAUAUUUGUCUAUUUUAUUAAAGGUGGGGUAGCAGUUUCUCAUUGAAACACAUGUUUAAUUAAAGGUAGGGUAGGUAAGUUUGAGAAACCGGCUCGAGAUACACUUUUUGUUAUAUUCCAUGGAAUGCUCUU